AGUCAUUGCUGGAUCGGGGCCUGGAGGCACAGCGGGGGCAAGAGACAGAGGACGUGCCCGAGGAGAGAGAGGAGACGGAGUGAGAAAGCUGCGACAUGCAGUCACUGCUGCGCACCAGGGACCAUAUAACUCCAGUGACUCCAGCCAGACUAUGUACUCACCAGCACAAGAGAGCCAGUGGUUGGACAGUGUAUCUCUCCUGAUCAAGGAUACCUUAGAGGGGGAGAUGCUGAUGAUCGACAACCUCUCCGGUUCUGUCUUCCACCACUACUCCUCUCCUCAGCUCAUCUGCAAAGACUGCAAGGGCCACCCGCAAGAGCAGAUCAGAAUGGCAGAGAUUGAACAGGCUUCCCUGAAGUCAGAGCAACUCUCGGACAAGUCCUCAUCCCCUGCCCUGCCGGAUGACCUCAGCCUAGAUGAGCAUACUGCCUACCACCUGCUGGCGCAAGAGGGCGAGGUAAAGUGCAGCAGUGACUCACCCAGCUCUGAGGAGGUCGAAGGAGGAGGUCACCAGAUUCAGACUGUGGUGCAGAGCCAGCCAUGCAGAGCCCUCAGCACGGGCAUUGAGAUGGAGAUCGUACUGCAGGAGAUGGAAAUGCAAACACACGAACCGCGUGUGUGUUCACCUCAGUGCAGCCCAGCAGCCAUCCCAGUACCUCCCCGCAGUAGAAGCCUACGUUUGUCAAGAGGCCUUAGGCUGGCCUCCCGAGCCUCCAGAGCCUCGUGGGCUUCGUUCCGCUCCCCUGGAGCUCAUAGAAAGAAGCUCUGCACACAGUACCCCUCCCACAGUGAUUCGUCCCUCGCUACAGGCAGCUCUGAAGGCAGCCUUCAGACCACCUUGGAAGAAGGACUGAGCUUCAGUGUGUCCCCACCUCAGAACUUAGACUUUCCACUGUCAUCAGCUCCAUUGCCGCUUAUGUGUCCUCUCCCUCUGCCUGAGGACACCACCUCCAUAUCUUCCCCAGUCCAGACCCUGAGACCAAGACCGAGCCCAUCGUCGGGUUUAACCCUUCUGGCCACCAGGGGUCACCAGCGGAGCCAGAGCAGCGGGCGUGGCAGCACCAGCCCUGGGUACACCCGCGAUGACUCGAUCGACCCUUCAGAUGAGGACCUGGGCAUAGGGAUUGGAUCAUCUAUUGGCGGUUGUGGCUCCAGCCAAGCAGGCAACAGUGAACACUUGUCAGAGGCACUUAGCAGCUUGUCGCUGACAUCACUGCUAUCACCCAGCUCCCUGGUGUACCCAGGAGGAGCAGUAAAGAAGUGCAACAGCACAGGCAGCCUGGACCAAGGGGGGAUGCUGCUGUCUUCCCGGAGCAGGGAGGGUCGUAGGGAGAUUAUGGGUCUGGAGCUUAUGGACCCCCAAGGCUUCUUGGCCAACCCCUGGACGGGGGUUGAUACAAGAAGAGGAGAAGGAAGAGGGGAAAUAGGAGAUGGAGAUCAAGGACUAAAGGGGAAGAGCUCAAGCCAAACAACAGUAGGGCCUUGUCGAAAAAACAGAUGAAACCCGAUGUUUCCUUUUUGUUUGUCUCUCCAUUCCUUGGAUCUGAACCCAUUGCUAUCCCUCUCGCUCUCUCUGCCUCAUCAGUGAGAGAAAGGUCUGAUGACACACGAUUUCAAAACCAAACCCUCAUCUUGCCCCCUUAACCCAUUUCUAUACAUUCGUGACAAGCCCAUGUCCUAUUUUGUGCUGUCUAUGGGAGUGGUUUUGGUUAUGGUCUGUUGGUGUGGAAGUGGCCUUUUCAAGGUCCAAGAGCUUCUACCAACUUGGAGGCUGCACCAGUAUGGGAGGCCAUGGAAGCUUCUGAUCACACAGCAAACCCAGAAGGAGAUACAAAAGGGUUUGAACUCAAAGAUACAACAAAGAGUCUUGAUGUUGCUCGACUGUAAUUUCCUAUCUCCACGAUGGCUCGGGUUCACUGAGAUUAAAAAUGCAAAAACAGAAGUAACCAAACAAGAAAUAGCGAUCCAUGUCAACAGAGGGUGUUUUGAUUCGCCUAUGUCUCCUAGGCAGUGUGGCAAGUACGCGGGCGGAGGCUUUGUGAUGGCGGAAUAUAUGAAGGCGGAAGGAAGACUGGGGCAAGGAGAAGGCAGGUCAUUUGUUUGGCUGGAAAAGCAGAAAGCGGAUCUAACGUCCAUCUGUUCUGGCAGACGGAAACAACAGGUCUUACUCACUCUGGCACAGGAGCUUCUGCUGAGAUCAGAGUAAAAUAUGAAGGGUGGAGGAAAGUUCAGGAAUGUGUGCUCACGUUUGUGUGUGUGUGAGUGUGUGUGAGGGAGCACCGCCUCAGGUAUCUAAGGCAAUGAAUUAAAUCAUUCUCACCGCUGCACCGCACCUCUGUGUUUUUGAAACCAGGGGGAGAGGUAUCAACUGAGGAAAAGUUUCGCACGUCUGUCAGCUUGGUCUUCAGUGGCACCGGGAAAUGGAAAUAAAUUAACAGACUGUGGAGGUAUAACUGUGCAUGGAGUGAUUCGUGAAAUUGGUUAUUUUCCUUUCUCUUGCCAGCAUCUCUCACUCGUGAACAUGAAGAAAUAUAGUAUAAAACGGAGAGCUAGGUUGGAUGGAGCUUCACAGACGCGGCCAGGAGAAACGGCGUCGUGUGAGCGGGCCAGCUACGCCCGCACUGGAAAAUGUGGUUUGCAGCUCCCUCGCUCAAGUGAGACUUCAAGCACACACCUUUUUUGACCCCACUUCCUCUCACUAUCUUUAAGGAUUUAAAGCGAAUGGACAAAAAAAAAAAGAACCACACACACAAAAGUGUUGCAAGGGUCCUUGACUGCAUGAUGGGAUUGCAUUUAACCAAGAUUUUUAACUAUAUACAGAAGUGUAUUGAGAUGUCAAUGUUGGGUGAUAACCAUGUGAUUUCUAUUCCACUAUUUUUGUAGAAAAGAGAAUAGGCACGUGCAAGUGUUGCCGUUAAUUUGUCCCGAUUUAAUUUAACCCAUGCAGUGUCUUUGACUUUGUUGUCUAGGACUUUUUUUGGUCUGCCAGUGGCUUCCAAGUUUUCUAACAUUUUUCUAAGGUGUGGACAGUGUAUAAAACAACGAAGCAAAAAAUUUCAAACAAACUCUGUGCGCUGAAGUGAUUGUUCCCUCCAGCACAUUUCUCUUUGGGAACGCUGGUUCCUCGCGAUUUGAUUUUUCUAGAUGUUGGAGUCUCAGAGGACAACCAGAGGUGGGAACAGCCAUACUCACUCACCACAUGGGGACUGUCUAGCUCACGGACAUUCCCUGCACAAAAGGGAAAUUUGUUUGCUUUUAGUCUCCUAUGCUAAAAAAACAAAAAAAACACACACAAACAGCAUACACCAUCUCUAUGAAAGCUUUAAUUUGAGCGUUACACCAUAACAUAUCGAUUACGGGCACAUUAGUGUUCCUUAAGCAUGAUUCUGGGAUUGCAAUACAGUAUGCUUAUUCUUGAAACGACACCGUGAUGCACUCACCCUCCCAUCUUUUCACACAUACAGUAUGUUGUAGCAACCUUUUCACGCACGGUGGUUUGACGCGAAGAGCUGAAACUGUAACAGCGGAACGAGACUUGGCAUCUUUUUGGCUUCCACCACUCGAUUAACUGCUCCAUCCAAAAAGGAGACGCUCAUCUUUAAGCCUGAUUUCUAAGAGGUAGACUGUUUUAUCCCUGGCGUUUCGAUCAUUACCUUUUUAUUUUUCCAUUUCUCAAGAGGAAUGAGGUGAUGUGAGAAAAUCUGAGGGUUUGACCUUUUUUAUCAUGCAAAAUCACUUUGAUGACUAUGUUUUAGCACAUGGUGUUGGGUAUUAACGAGUGAGGCAUUUGCGUGUGCGCGUGUGUCUGUGUGAGGGACUGUGUGUGCAUGUGCGUUUGUGACUUCAGGUAAAGUGUUUGCCUUUUUCCUGAAAUGUCCUGUUUGUCAGUGAGGAUACCUGGCGGGGUUAAAGGUCGAAGAGGGAAAAAACACAAAGCAACCAAGGGCUGUUUUAGCAUCAAAGAUAUAUCCUCUUAUCUUUCUGAGACAAAUCCUUGUGUCAGUGAAUAUGGCAUCAAAGGUUAAAGCCUGACUACACAGCAAUAAAUGUUCUAUGUGUAUGCCCUGAGUAAAUGAUGUCAAUGUGAUUUUUAUCUCCUCGGAUUACAACAGUGCUCAUUUUUGUCUGUUUUUGCUUCUGCACGUCUAAACUUCCAACUGGUCGGAUAGCACCUCUGCCCUCUCCAAAACCAGUUGCUAGAGAGAUGGGCUCCAAUUGGAUAACAAGAGUAAAUGAGGUUAACGAACUCAGGUCGGGGGGUAAAAACCACUAGUUUAAAUUUUAAAGAUAGCUGUAAAGCUGUGCUCAGACAGAAAGCGAAGCAAAUUCUCGCCUUGCUUUAUUCGCACAAGUUUGACGGCUUGAGUGUUUUGUGCACUGUGCGCUCACACACUACAGGCGUCGGACGUUAGAUACAACAAGCAGAACAGUGCGCCAAAUUUGUGCGUCAGCAGAGUGUGCCUUCAUGCACUGUGUGUGUGCUACAGCUCUCACUUAGACUGAUGUUCAAGACCCCCCCUUGUCUCCUUUUAUAUUUAUGAGUACAAAGGUUCAGCAAAAGCACACAUCUUUCCUAACGUGUAUUUUGCUCCAGUCCACGCUGCCUUGAUCAAGCCCGCGUCCACCUGUACACUCUCUAUUGUAUGCAGUCGUGUCCGUCUCUUAAAAAUUUGCUUCACCUUCAGUCUGAACACACCUUAAGAGUGUACACUUCACGUUUGUACAUAUCUUUGUAUUUUGAUCUGCAUGUGUGCAUUGCUGCCAGUGACCAUGAAUAUAUCGUUAGUAUGCAUUUCAUAAAACUGUACAAAGGUGAAGGGAAUGCCCCGGAUGUUUAUGACUGCUGCUAUGAGACCACUGGAGAAUCAGUCACAAAAAAAAAAUGUUUCUCCUCCAACACAAACUAUAAAAUGAUAAAAUAUUACAUUUUAUGUAAAAAAUCACACACAUCCAGUCUUCAUUUUUAUGCCUGUGUUUUGUUUUGUUUUUUUCCACAUUUAAAUUAUUAAGCUUGUGGUAUGACAGCCAGGAGGAAAGAGGUUGGAUUGUGUCAGGCAGGGAAGACAAAGCCAACGAGACUGCACCAAAAGCUGUCCGCACCCGACAUGGACAGCUGGACAGAGUAAAGCUAACAGACAGCGCGAGAGACCGAGGUAGUGAGAUGGUGCAGGAGUAGGAGACUUCUCCAGACAGCUUGUCAUCGGCAGUCUUGCCCAGCGGAGCCGUCAGCGCGAGAGAGCACAUUAAGCAUGCACGCUGAACUCAGAGGUGUUGUUUACCUCACACCCUCAACCAGCCAGCCCCUCCACCUCAUCUAACCUCUCAAAACCUGUUCUCCCUCCAGGCCCCUGUCCUUCAAAUGUCACCGCAGGAGAGUGGAGGUGUGUGUGUGUUUGUGUGGCGAGUGGCAAAAGUGCACGAGUCUCCAAGACUAUGUGUGGAUGCAAGUGUAAGUGUGCAAGUGGUAGUGUCAUUGCUUCGGUUAUCUCCAGGUCCUGUCAUCUGGAAUUUUUGUAGCUUUUUGUCUGGCUUCCUUCCAACGCCCGAUGAGUGCAAGUAGCCUCUUGCAACAUUAACUCCAAAGGUCAAUAUCCAUGCCUUUGGGGGACUUGUGUGCUUAUUUGAUUGAUUAUUUCCCAUGGCAG